AUGUCUCAUCGAAUUCAACUUCUCCUAUUUGCCAUUUCGAUCGCGUCGACGAAAACUUAUGACACCACUUCGUGUAUUCCGAACACACCUUGUCGAUGUUAUUUGACCCAAUAUUCAUUGACAUUAUCGAACUGUUCUCAACAAUUAGCUGAUUUGCCCAUAUUCGAUUCGCAGAAUGUCAAUAGCAUCACCAAAAUCAUCGCCCGAAACGCACUUACUCAAUGGCCAAAUCAAUUGUGUCAAUAUUCGAGUAUUCAGAUCCUAGACUUAAGUGGCUCUUACCUGGACUCUCCAGUAACCGAUUUUUCAUGUCUAACACAUCUCGUACAUGUAAAUCUAAGCAAUACACAAUUAACAACAAUUCCGAAUUUUCAAAAUAAUUAUCUUCAAAUUCUCGAUCUAUCGAAUAACAACAUAAAACAUAUCGAUGGAAAUGAUUUCCAGCCGAUGAAUAAUUUACUUUCAUUAUUUUUACAAAAUAAUCCCAUACAAUCAAUCGAUCAUUUGGGGAGUGUCUUUCAACUAGAGAACAUUCAACUAGUGAAUUUAGUUUCAUCGUAUCCAGACGUGACAUUGCAACAAUCAGUCACUAUUUCACAAUGGAUUCAGUUAGCUAACCAAUGGGAAAAUUCCACGAAAUCGUUUCUUGUUCGAAUGAAUAACAUUCCAUUUCAAUCGAUUAUACCAAACCCCGAACAAUUUCAAAUGAUUCCUUCAGAAUCAAUGACUACUAUUCUGGAAAUGUUCAUCAAUUCGACAUUUGUUACCUUGUUCAACACGCCGAAGUGCAACUGUUUUCAUCUUCGUGAAUAUCAACGAUCGUUUACCUAUGUCGACUAUUCGAAGAAAUAUACGUCAAGUUUGUUUCAAUUCACCAAAUGUCUUAUGCCUGAUGGAAUCACCCAUGCUCGUCUGUUCGAUCGAUUUACAUACGUAGACUUGCGAUGUCCUUUAUUGGGAAAAAUCUCGUUCUAUCCUUUGUUAUCGCGUUCAUCAUCGAUCGUUUUAACUCGUUCGUUUAUUUUAUUUAUACUUCUUUCUUCAUUUGUAUUGUAUUAA